AUGGUAAGUACUUUCCUCCAAGCUCAAGAAUCAGACUACUUCCAAAACAUGAUGUCAGCCAUAGGAAAGCCUUUUACGGAAGCGAUUAAGAUUGGGGAGAUGGUGGAGAAUGAAAGAACCCCGCAACAUUAUUUCCCCCACCAAGAUGUGACCUAUGCUCCUCAGCCCUACAUGGUCAUGAAUACCCAGCCUUACGUCCAGCCGCCGCAGCAAGCCAAUUGGGGCCAAGCUCCACCUCCUAGAAGUCAGCCUCCUUACCGAAACCGCUACAAUCCUCGGCCUUCCCAGAAUAACUUUCGUCCUCGGGAACCACCCAGGAGACCCAACUAUACACCAAUCGAAAGGAAGCCCAAGGCAACCCCGAAGCAAGAAAAAGGGAAAGUUAAUGUAUCCAAGCAGGCCUAUAUGGUAUGGGGGACAAUCAAACCACCUCGGUUGAAUGAGCCAGUGGUUAUUGGACACAUACCACAGAAGACAAAGUACAGUGAAGAGGAAGAUGAUGAGGUGUUCACGGUUGAAGAAAGUGAGGGAAUAUGUGAGGCGAUGAGGAAAAUGCUAUGCGAAACACACAUGGUUCAGCCAGGAGAGGGCACUAGCACCGCUGAGGUAUCAUACAUGGGACCCAGCGCCAAGCUUCAAAACUGGAAGGCUACGCCAUUCCUGAUCAAGCGGAAGUCCUAG